UAAGUAUUUUCAUCCUCUGUUCCGUUUUAGCCGUGAAUCUUUGUUACGUCGUAUGGCUAAGACGAAACAUAUAUUUACAGACAUUUGAUUUGACAACAAGCACGAACCCACAGGAAGUUAAAAUGAUAAAAAGCACAAACGUACACGUAGAAAGUAAAACUAGCCAUCGGAGAAAGAUUGAAAGGAGACUGUCGGCAGAUACAGAAAAUCAUCACAAAAUAAUCUACAGUCGUUUAAACGAAGUUAUCAGCGAAACAGGCGCUCUGCUACAUCAGCCAUGUCAGGACCAAAACACUGCAGCAAAUGCACGAUUAUCUACACUUGCUUUGUUAGAUUCGCCUGAUACAGUAUAUGAAAUUGGAGACAAAAUACAUGUACUGGCAACGUUAUUUGAUUCAUCCGGAGAACGAAAGUGGACUGGUGGCGAUCAUCUCCGCUCAAGGAUAUGGAAUAACAUAUUUUCUGCACCGGGGUCGAUUUAUGAUUACAAAAACGGAUCUUACUUACUCAUUUUUACAGCGUUUUGGAGCGGGAAGUCACAGAUUUCGGCAACUAUAGCAUAUACAAGGGAAGCGAUAACAGCUUUUUAUCGAAUGCCAUACGAGGUACUUUCACUCAGGACCAUUAAGGCGAAGUUCAAAGUUCAGAACUACGAAGAAGUUACUCUGUGUCAUCCCAACAUGAAACAUUUACUUGCACAUACCAAACACAAAUAUGCCUGCAAUUUCACGAGUUUAAAUUCCGGCAUGCCGUGGUAUUGUGGAAAACCGAAGAAUCCAAAUCUUAAAUGUAGUGACUGGAAAUUUGUGAAAAGUUCAUUACCAAAACUGCCUUUAACAAUAAGUAAAUGCGAAAAAGAGCUUCUAUAUUUUAGAUCUCAUCAAAUGUUUAGUAAAACCAUAACAGUGACUGUAAAAGAACGAAUGUAUUACAACGGGAGGAAAGACGUAGAACAUAUCAUACCAAGCAUUCCAUGCUCAAAAUAUAAUACAACUAAACUUUGGGAAAGGAAAACUACUACUGGAUUUUUCUACAAUAUGCGAUGGCAGCUGACUCAUUGUCAAGGUCAUACUGCGACUUUCCAGCUUUUCAUGGUGGAGAAUGACCAUAGCUGCCCCUCCGGGCAAUAUUUCAUCACGGGCAGGCACCAUACGUCAGUUUGAUGGCUCCUUCACUGGAAGAAUUUUACGCCCCGAGUGAGUCGCGAACCCACAUUGGUAAGGGGCAAGUGAUUUGAUGUCAACGACAUUAAUCAUUCGGCCACGGAGGCCCCGGGAAUUCUAUGUAAACUAAACAACAAAACAACACGUAGUAAAACGUACGAACACCUAGCAAAAUCUAACAAAACGUAGAAAAAGACGUAGCAAGACGUUUUAAAGACUAGAUAAUAAUUUGUAGUACUCAGGUGGAAUCCAGACUUCGCUUAUUACAUUUUUACGUCUUUACUGCAAUUUGUUUACGUUUUAGUGACGUUUUGAUAUUUUUACGUGUGAGCUUAUACAUGCUUUGUAUAUCGUAACCCAUGAAGAAAUAAACAUUACGUGUAUAACAAUAUGAAAUACAUAUUUCUACACGUGUAUAUUGCCGUCUCGUUUCUUUUCAAAAACGUAGUAAUAUUUAGCCUCUAAUACCUGACAGAUUGACGGGCUUUAUCUUUAAGUCGAACUCUAUAAUGAAGUAAUGAUUACUGCCCUCAAUAUUCUCAAAUGAACACAACUAAAAGCAACUCUUGUGAAGUUGGCAAAACGUCGCUGAUGUUAGCGGCGGUCUAACGGUUAAGGUGUCGGCCGAUCAGUCAAGAGGUCGUGGGUUCGAAUCCCAAUGGGGUCGUGACCAUGCCUUCUCAUCAGACACCAGUACUGAUUUUUUUCCAGGAAGCGGACUCGAGAGUGAUUCAAAUAAGCACCAAACUUAAAUCACAAACAAGCUAGAAUAAAUUACUAGUAGCAUAAACUAAAACGUCGCUAAACAUAGUUUUAUAUUCUGCACAUUUAUUUGAAGGAUUCGUGAGCGACAAUUUUCAAGAAUGCCUAAGAAACAAAAAGCUUUACCUGAUAGGGGAUUCAACAACAAGACAGUGGUACAAACAUUUUCUGGACCAGUAUAAUUGUACACAAUAUACAGAAAUCUGGACAAGUAAAACCUGGAAAAGACUUUCAGGUUGUACAGUUAAAAACAACAAUUUUACAGUAAUUAUGGCACCACACUGUCAACCUUUUAAUUACGUAAAUGGAUGGACGCCCCGAAAUUAUACUCAAAUAUCAAUCUCAAAACAUCUUGAAUCUAUACCAUCGAAUGAAGAUGCUAUAGUUGUUAUUCAUUUGUUCUUACAUAUGAGAGGUUACCAUCAUGAUUGUUUUAGAAAUAAAAUGCAAGCUAUUCGUGCUAGUACACAAAAACUUAUAGAAACAAAUAAGAAAGUGAAAAUGUUCAUCAAAUUGCCACAUACUUUUACACAAAACUUCCAAGGAUAUGACGAUUUUUUUGGAUAUGUUUUCACAGACAUCAUAUUCAAGACAUUUCACGGGUUAUAUGAUAGAAUCAUUGUCUUGGACAACAAAGACGCAACUAAUGCUAUUGCGUCAGUGCCUAUGCACCCGCAUAAUUUUGUAGUUGAAUCUAUGGUUGAUCAGAUGUUAAGCUAUUUAUGUUAAUAAGCCUUUCAACUUUUAAAUUUACUUUAUUUUGUAAUAUUAAGUUCUUAGUUUAGAAAAAGGGGUCGUGGUAAGGUAAAUUACAAUGUUAUUGUUGAUUUAUCUUUUCAGUUAAAAAAUAGAAACAAUAAAUCAUUUACUAG